AUGUUCCUGACGCAAGUGGCCGUGCCGAGCUCGAUGCAAAUGUCUGCGGCCACCAAGCGAACUGGUGGAACCUUUGGUUCUACCGACAGCUCCUGUUACAAUAUUGCUUUCAAUACGGCGACCACCUUCGCUACCACAUGUUCGGGCUGUGGGAAAACGCAGCGGCAGGCCGCCGCAUUCGAGCAGCUUACUGGAGACGGAUCUGACAAUGGUGACAUCAUGGACAUUCUGCCUUGCCUCGACUGGCUUCACCUUAACGACGUUACUAUUGUCGAGGUUAAUGCACGAUCGACGGCUACAGCCGACAGUCUAUCGAGUUUGCUCCCGAGCUUGUCGUUCAUCGUCCAGUACCACGAGCCCGAAGACACCGGACUUUCACGAAUCCGACCUCAGCGAUCUCUUUCGGCAGCCCCGCUUCCCCAUCAGCCGUUGAGCUCCACAGGCUCGCAUCCUCGAGUUAGCAUUCAGUACAGGACGCCUGGCACGCCACAAAUUGUGGAGGGCGCGGCAGUGUAUAUCAUCCACUUACCCCAAGCAUCUUUGUCCCGGCCUGUACAGUCAGUGAUCAAUGAAUCGGUUGUAGAACUGAAAGCCCAUUUUGCUGCUCUCCGAGCACAUCCGAACUCAGUCGUCAUCCUAGUGGCAAGGGUCCUUCCAGAGCCAGGGACUGUCAAUUCUGACGUGGAGAGAGCCGCAAGACUACGCAACCUGUCCAUGCACCAGAUUGCAAAAGUCCAGGAUCCGGGUGUACAUGACAUAACCGAGGUGUUGAACAAAGCAAGUGAUGGCUCUUUCAGGUUGUUCUUGGUUAACAAGUACAUCAGCCGCAAAAGCUCGGUCAUGGCUUUCGAAGCGCGGUGUUGGGCAUUGUGA